GGAGACAGUGGCCGGAUAGGGCCGCAAGGGACGCUGUGGGAAAGCAGCCAGUCCGCACAAGCGAAGAGGAAUCAGCAGUUUUAACCGCUCAGGCAAGGGAAGCCUAAGUAAAUGAAGUUUCGGACUGUGGCCACAGGGUUCAAAGGGAGGCAGCGAGGAUUCCAAGGUCCCACCGCUCCCCCAGCCAAUGAGGAGCCUGAGAGGGAGGAGCCUGGGGUGGCUUGGUGCAGCUUGGUGCAGCUUGAGCUUCUGAGGGAUUCAUCCCCAUAGAUGCCGUGGAGUCUGAGCUCUCCUGCAUCUGUCACAGCAAAGCAACAUUAAAAACAAAAACACAAAACAAAAAACAGAAGAGGAGAAAUGCUGCAGACUAUGGAACGCUAUAGGACUUUCUGAAACAUUUGCCGGGGACUCCCGUGGAGCAUGAUCUUUUAAAACCAAUUCUUUUCGAAGCCUGUUUGGGUAACUGGGAAAAUGACAAAUAUGCUAAAUGCAGCAGCUGAUCGGGUGAAAUGGACCAGAUCGAGUGCUGCUAAAAGGGCUGCCUGCCUGGUGGCUGCGGCAUAUGCUCUGAAAACACUCUACCCCAUCAUUGGCAAGCGUUUAAAGCAAUCUGGCCACAGGAAGAAAAAAGAAGCAGUUUAUCCGGCUGCAGAGAACAGAGAAAUACUGCAUUGCACCGAGAACACUUGUAAAAAACCUUGUCCUGGAGUUAACGCAGAUUUUUUCAAACAGCUCCUGGAACUUCGGAAAAUUCUCUUUCCAAAACUUGUGACCACUGAAACAGGCUGGCUCUGCCUCCACUCGGUAGCUCUAAUCUCAAGAACCUUUCUGUCUAUCUAUGUGGCUGGUCUGGAUGGAAAAAUCGUGAAAAGCAUUGUGGAAAAGAAGCCUCGGACUUUCAUCAUCAAAUUAAUCAAGUGGCUUAUGAUUGCCAUCCCUGCCACCUUUGUUAACAGUGCAAUCAGGUACCUGGAGUGCAAACUGGCUUUGGCCUUCAGAACUCGCCUGGUAGACCAUGCCUAUGAAACCUAUUUUACAAAUCAGACUUAUUAUAAAGUGAUCAAUAUGGAUGGAAGGCUGGCAAACCCUGACCAGUCUCUUACUGAGGAUAUUAUGAUGUUCUCCCAGUCUGUGGCUCACUUAUAUUCCAAUCUGACCAAGCCUAUUUUAGAUGUAAUCCUGACCUCCUAUACGCUCAUCCAGACGGCUACAUCCCGAGGAGCGAGUCCUAUCGGGCCCACUCUAUUAGCAGGACUUGUGGUAUAUGCCACGGCUAAAGUUUUGAAAGCCUGCUCUCCCAAAUUUGGUAAAUUGGUGGCCGAAGAAGCUCACAGAAAAGGCUAUUUGCGGUAUGUGCACUCCAGAAUUAUAGCCAAUGUCGAAGAAAUUGCCUUUUACAGAGGACAUAAGGUAGAAAUGAAGCAACUCCAGAAAAGUUACAAAGCUUUAGCAGAUCAGAUGAACCUCAUUUUAUCCAAACGUUUGUGGUACAUCAUGAUAGAGCAAUUCUUGAUGAAGUAUGUUUGGAGCAGCAGUGGACUAAUUAUGGUGGCUGUACCUAUUAUCACUGCAACUGGCUUUGCAGAUGGUGAUCUAGAGGAUGGCCAAAAACAAGCUAUGGUUAGUGAACGGACAGAAGCCUUUACCACUGCUCGAAAUUUAUUGGCCUCUGGAGCCGAUGCUAUUGAAAGGAUUAUGUCUUCAUACAAAGAGAUCACCGAAUUAGCAGGCUAUACUGCUCGAGUAUACAAUAUGUUUUGGGUCUUCGAUGAAGUGAAAAGAGGCAUUUAUAAGAGAGCUGUUGUCAUGCAAGAGUCUGAAAGCCACAGCAAGAAUGAAGCUAACAUAGAAGUACCCCUCAGUGACACGCUGGAGAUCAAAGGAAGAGUUAUUGAUGUGGAUCAUGGAAUUAUUUGUGAAAAUGUUCCCAUAAUUACACCAACGGGAGAAGUGGUGGCUUCCAGGCUAAACUUCAAAGUACAAGAAGGAAUGCAUCUUUUGAUAACUGGUCCUAAUGGUUGUGGGAAAAGUUCUCUCUUCAGAAUUUUAAGCGGGCUCUGGCCUGUGUAUGAAGGAGUCCUCUAUAAGCCACCUCCCCAACAUAUGUUCUAUAUUCCACAAAGGCCAUACAUGUCUCUUGGAAGUCUUCGCGAUCAAGUCAUCUAUCCUGAUUCCGUGGAUGACAUGCAUGAUAAAGGCUAUACAGACCAUGAUCUGGAAUGCAUUCUACACAAUGUCCACCUCUAUCACAUAGUUCAAAGAGAAGGAGGAUGGGAUGCUGUUAUGGACUGGAAAGAUGUUCUGUCUGGAGGGGAAAAGCAAAGAAUGGGCAUGGCUCGCAUGUUUUAUCAUAGACCAAAAUAUGCAUUGCUGGAUGAAUGUACCAGUGCUGUCAGCAUUGAUGUCGAAGGAAAGAUAUUUCAGGCUGCAAAAGGCGCUGGGAUUUCCUUACUAUCUAUAACACACAGGCCUUCUCUGUGGAAAUACCACACUCAUUUAUUACAGUUUGAUGGCGAAGGAGGUUGGCGCUUUGAACAAUUGGAUACUGCUAUCCGCUUAACACUGACUGAAGAAAAACAAAGGCUAGAAUCUCAGCUAGCUGGAAUUCCCAAAAUGCAGCAGAGACUCAAUGAACUAUGUAAAAUUUUGGGAGAAGACUCAGUGCUGAAAACAGUAAAAGACAAAGAUGAGACAUCCUAAUUUGUUUUGACAUGUUUUAAAAGUUAAUUUUUAGCUAAAGACUCAGUCUGUUACAGUGCAUGCAUUGUGUUUAAGCUAAGCUCAGAGAAAAAAGAGGAAGUAAGAAAUGUUUUAUAAAACUUUAGCAUCAAGGAAAUAUAUGAUCUGACUUUUCAGAAGAAAAUAAACAAAUGCAUUAUGUGAGAUUAGUCAUUUUGGCUUAUACUAAUUCCUAGCAAAAGUCUAAUUCACCCCGUCAAACAGGAUUUUCCGGGUGAAUUUAUGAAGAAUACCAGAUUUACUAUGUGUAUGUGAUGUGUCUGAGGUGCUUAACAAACAUGGGAGAUAUCUUGAGAAUGGAACAACUUAAGAACAGCAUAUGGUUUGAAACAAGGUGCAUAAAAUUAGAAGUUUGAGUAAUGUUUCAGUCCAUUUGUGAUUAUUAGUUUAAUAGGUAGAAUUCAUGUUCAUCAUUACUCGCCAACUAAACCCUGUAUACAAAAUAGCUGACAGUCUGAUAAAUAAUUUCAAUAUGAAAAAAUUAUUUAAUGGCAGUGGUUGAAAGAAAGAAGCAUGGCUCUACAUGUAUAAAAUGUCAUAUUCUUAAAUUUUAGAUUUUGAGCAUCUUACUAUGGGCACAUAACAAAUUAGUUUUAAAGAGAACCUUACAUAUUUGCUAAUAAACUCGUUCAUUUUAAGAAGAGAAUUGCCAAUACAGAAAAGGAAUAUCCCAACAAUGUGUGUCUUAGCCUGUUACUUUGCUCAGCAGCAUUAUCUACUGCAACUUCUGUCCAGAAAUACUCAGCUUGGUUUUGUUCUAAAAGGAGGAAUCCAUCACAUUUUUAAAUAGCAGUGCUAUAAUAAAAUAUAGAGAUUCUCAAAAUCACAGUAGUAAUAAAAUGCAAUGAAAUAACACUUUAUAAUUUACAUAUCCUUGUUUAUAUCAUUUCAUUUUAAUUCUUGUGGCAAUGUUUGAGGCAACUAUUAUGUACCUCGUUCACUUUUGAGAAAAUUAACACUCAGACUUGCCUUUAUUAUGCAAUUUAUUUAGGGAAGAUCCAAGAUCAAAUGAAGUUCUGAUUCCUUAUCCAGUUCUAUUUCCACUUUCCACUAUCAUCCUUGAAAUCUAACUGGGCUAUAAUAUCAAUAAAACUUAGAUGAGAUGUUGAAAAAAAAUAAAUUUGGUAAUGUUAGUGGUAUUAUUAUUUGGUUACAAGGUGUGGAAAUUAAAUACAAAGUGGAAAGAAAGGUCAUUGGGCUGUGAUUUA